AUGUGACAUUCCAGCCCAUGCCUGCCCUGACAUACCGCACCACAGGGGGCAUUCUGGAUUUCUAUGUGUUCCUGGGUCCAACUCCAGAGAUUGUCACUCAACAGUACACAGAGAUAUACCGAGCUUAUGUGGCCUUCCCAGACUUUUUCCGUAAUUCAACUGUCCAGUGGUGGAAGAGGGAGAUCAGAGAACUCUACACCAACCCAGAGAGUCCAGACAAGAGCUUGAAGUUCGAUGGCAUGUGGAUUGAUAUGAACGAACCUUCAAACUUUGUCACUGGGGCAGCUCCUUCCGGCUGCAGUGAUGCUACUCUGAACCAUCCUCCCUACAUGCCACAUUUGGAGGCCAGGAACCAGGGCCUGAGCAGCAAGACCCUGUGCAUGGAGGGUGAGCAGAUCCUGCCAGAUGGUACCCGAGUGCGACAUUACGAUGUGCACAGCCUGUAUGGGUGGUCUCAGACCAAACCCACCUACGAAGCUGUGCAGGAAGUGACAGGCAAGCGAGGCAUCAUCAUCACCCGCUCCACGUUCCCCUCUUCUGGACGCUGGGCAGGACACUGGCUGGGAGACAACACGGCUGCCUGGGACCAGUUGGGGAAAUCUAUCAUUGGCAUGAUGGAGUUCAGCCUCUUUGGCAUAUCCUACACCGGAGCGGACAUCUGUGGGUUCUUUCAAGACGCUGAGUAUGAGAUGUGUGUGCGCUGGAUGCAGCUGGGAGCCUUUUACCCCUUCUCCAGGAACCACAACACCAUUGGGACCAAGAGACAAGACCCUGUAUCAUGGGAUGAAGCCUUUAAGAAUAUUUCCAGAAGUGUGCUAGAGAUCAGAUACACCCUGUUGCCAUAUCUCUACACCUUGAUGUACAAGGCCCACACUGAGGGCAGCACCGUCGUGAGGCCUCUUCUCCAUGAGUUUGUGUCAGACAAGGUGACCUGGGAUGUAGACAAACAGUUCCUGCUGGGAGCAGCCUUCCUGGUCAGCCCUGUGCUGGAGCCUAAAGCCACAAAUGUCACUGCAUAUUUCCCCAGAGCCCGCUGGUAUGAUUACUACACGGCUGCAGCUUUUGAUUCAGCAGGAGAAUGGAAGACACUGCAGGCCCCUCUUGAGCACAUUAAUCUUCACAUCCGUGGAGGCCACAUCCUGCCCUGGCAGGAGCCCGCACAGAACACCCGCCUGAGCCGUGUGAAAGACGUGGGCCUCAGGGUUGCCUUGGAUAGCAACGGAACAGCUGAGGGUUGGUUCUUCUGGGAUGAUGGAGAAAGCAUUGAUUUUUACACAGAUUCGAAGUAUUACUUGGCCAAAUUUUCUGUCGGUGAGAAUACAUUGCAGAAAUAUGAAACUACUGGCAAGUACAUCUCUGGUACCAGACCUUUGUACCUGGGCUACAUUGAUAUCUGGGGAUUGAAUGCUUCCUCCAUUACUAGUGUGACCAUUUUUUGGACCAAUAAUGAAAAUGAAGUUGCCGACUUCAGCUAUAACCCCACAAUGCAGGUAUUAAGCAUCAAUUUGACCAAUAUAAGAAUGAGCCUGCACGCUUUCAGAUCACUGACAUGGACUUGAUAAAUUUUUAGAGCAAGAUACUAUGAACAGCUUUGAAACUACUUCUACUUCGUGAUUGCAGAAUUACUGUAUAUUGCUAAUUGCUUCAUUCCCAGUAUGGCUAGAAUAUUUUAUUGACUUUUUUAUGUUUUGUCUGUGUAUCUUAAAGGUAAAAUCUGUGGAUCACUUGAACAUCUUUAUGUGAUUAAUAUGGGAUGUGUGGUUCAUCAUGUGACAUUCACCAAAAAUGAAGCAGAUCCACGUUGAAGUGUGUGUGUGUGUGUGUGAGAGAGAGAGAGAGAGAGAGAGAGAGAGAGAGAGAGAGAAACCCACUGUUUUGCUAAAGACACAACAGAAAACUUGCCAUGAUAGUUCUUGGCCUUGAGGCUAAGCAACACCCUAAGAAAUACCCAGAAAUAACUGCUAGCUGGUUAUAUGGAGAGAACAAUAUGCUGAGUGCAUCCUGGAAGGGGAAGUAAAGGGACACAGGCUAGGAAGCAGGAAAGAGGGGAGGCAUCUGGAAGCAAAGAGGAAAGUAACAAAAAUUACCAGAAACGGUAGGAAAAAUGGGAGGAAAAAGGGAGUUAAUUCACUUGAAAGAGAAGAGAAGCUGGGUGAAAUCCUUAGCCUAUGGGAACGAGAUGAGAAUGGGAUUUAAGUAGGUGAAAUUGAAGGAAGGAAGGGGCUGAUUGUACAAAAUUACUUGUUUUCACAGAAGUGUACUUUGAAGCAUAUAAAUCUUAUUUCUUGACCCUGACUCAUGUAUAUAAUAAUAGUUCACAUGAACACACACAAUUUCUGUGCCACAGAAAAAUAAAACGUGAUUUUGCAAGAGA